UUGUAGUAUGAAAUUCUUUUCUUAAAUCUUAUAUUACAUGUGCUGUUUAAAGAAGAGACAAUGUUGUAAAAGUUUAAGUCUAAAAUGCUUGAAAUAUACAAGAAAUGUCCUCUUUUUUAGAGGUAACUCAACUACAACAUUCUUCGAAGAUUCCUGUACAUAAGCCUGAAAAUACAGUCCAUGCUCAUAAUAUAUUGAAAUCAAAAGAAAAUGUAUUCAAAUCAAAAUGUAACAAGGCUUUGAAAAACAAGUUGAAAAAGUAUAAACUAAGGAAAGAUGGUAAAGAGGAUGAGGACAUUAUAGAUGUGUCAAAAACCUUGAUAUCAUCACUAAAAAUUAAAUCUCCCAACGGGCAGGAGGCAAAAUUACCUAUUGAAAAAGCACAAACUGAAGAGAGGCUACCAAAGAAUUAUCUAUUUAAAAUGGUGAGAAAAAAGAAUGAUAGUUCAAAGCCAGCAAUGGAGGGUACUCCAAGUAUUUUGGAGAACAAGCACACUCCAUUGCCUGAGUCAAAAAACAAUGAAAGCAAGCACACUAAUGCAUUUCAGUUACUUAUGGAUUCAAGAAAUAAAAGUAUAGGUGGAAAUUCUCCAGGCAAAGAUAAGCAUAUUGAAAUUGCUGAUGAGUCUGAACUGAUUAGAAAGAAGGAACUAAAAGCUAAAAGGAAUUUAGUUUUGCAACAAAUGGCACAAAAAAAGGGUCUGGCAAAAAAUCUGGAAAAUGAGGAAUUUAUAGAUGAAUGUAUAAAAAGACAACUUGUGAAACGCGCUGAUAGGCUAAAGGAAAUGAUUACUUUAAAUAUCCCAAAAAAUGACAAACCAAGAAAUGGUCUUAUGAAAGAAAAAUCUAAUUUAAACAAUGGGGUAAAUAUAAAAGUUAAAGAAAAUACUGUAAAAAGUAACAAAUUGCAGUUGUUUAAUUUUUUAAGUGAUGAUGAAAAUUCUGUUGCUGAAAAUCAUAAUUCUAAUAGUAAAAUGUCUAAUGAAGAUGAAGAAUUUUUGAAGAAACUUGGCCCAUCUAUUAAGAAAAAAGAAAAUAUGUUAUCAUAUUUCCAAAAAGUAGAGAAGAAGGAUAUUUCAGGUUCUGGCUCUGAAAUGGAAAUAAAUGAUAAUAAUAAUAGUGAAAAUUCUGUAAUAAAAGUCAAAUUUGUACCUAAACAUAAAAAAAAGAAACCAGAAGUAAACUCAAGAAGUGACCCAACGGUUAAUACUGUUGAUUUUGACUCUAAAUUAGCUGAUACUCCGCAAAAUGAACCUAAUGAUGAGCUAAACAAUUCUAGUAUAAAUUGUACACCUACAAGGAAAAGAAAACGCGAUAAAAGUUCUCGUAGUAAAAUUUCGAAGACGGAAGACAUACAGGCUCAAGAUGAAAAUAUUAACAGUAGACCAAAAAGAAAUACUAAGAAACCUAUUAAAUAUACUGAUGAUGCUAUGCUAUCUAGUUCAGAUGAUGAACUUAUAUUUACACCUGUUAAGAAAAAAAUUAUAAAUAAAAGGCUUGAUUGUAAAGAUCAAUUACAAAAUCAUGUUAUAGUACCAGAAAAUAAGUUAAAAUCAAAAUCAACUCUUGAAAACUCAGACAGUAAAUCAAAGAAAAUUGGCACAAAAACCAACAUUAAAAUAGAAAGUAAGAAGCCUCCUAAACUUGCACCAAUAUUUUCCACUAAGUCAAAAUUGACUCCAUCAGAGCAGGCAGCUAAGGAAAGUUUUUUGAAAAGUGGAGUACCUGACAAAUUAAAGAUAAAACAUAAAGAAAGCACAAAUGUUUUAACCUGGAGCAACUAUUAUGCCACAGUCCAUGUUCAACAAAACGAGGCAUGUAAAGAAUAUAACACAUAUUUAAAAAUUUUUGAUUGGAUUGAUACCUCUGACAAUAUAAAAAAUAUUGGAUAUAAUGAAGAUUGCAAAUUUUACUUACAGUUGAUAGAUGGUAAGACUGAGGAGACUAAGGAUGAAAAAAUUUUGUUAAAAUACAAACCAGAAAACCUACUAAGCUAUAUAAAAAAAUCAUAUUCAAAGUUUCCAGUGUAUAGAACAUUUCACUCUCUGAAAACGAAAAGUAGGGCUGAAACUAAGGACAUAAAUGUUUCAUCGUUGGACAAUAGCAUUGAAAUUGUUAAAGAUAUUGUUGAUUUUAAUUAUGAUUAUACUGAUAAGCUAUCAUGGAAUGAAAAAUACAAACCAAUAUCGUCAAAACAAAUAAUUGGAAAUUUUGAUAGUGUGAAAGAGUUGAAGAGGUGGUUGGAGUCUUGGAGUGAAAACCAAAAUACAAAAGGAAAAAAUGAUGACUCAGAUUUGUCAGAUUUUUGUUUUUCUGACUCGGACACCAACAGUAGAGACCCGUUUAAACACACAAACAAUGUGCUCAUCAUAUCAGGUAGAUCAGGAACUGGGAAAACUUCAUGUGUUUAUGCUGUUGCAGCAGAAUUGGCUAUUAAAGUAAUAGAAGUGAAUGCUAGCAGUAAACGGACAGGGAAAAUUAUGUUACAAGAUCUCCAAGAGGCUACUCAAUCUCACAAAGUGAAUAGGGGUAAUAACAAAAAAGAAAGUUCUCAGAAUUCACAAAGUUCUCAGGAAAAUUUCAUGGCAUCUAAAAUUUUUAAAAAGCGUGGAAGACCUAAAAAGACAUACGAGAGAAAACCGAAGCAAGUGGAACCCAAAGAAGUAGAAAUUAUAAGUAGCUCAAGUCAACAAUCACAAACCAGUAGUCAAGAGAGUUCUAGAACAGAAUCAUCUCUAAUAUUAAUUGAUGACGCUGACAUUGUUUUUGACCAGGAUGAUGGUUUCUGCUCGGCGAUUUCUCAGUUGAUAAAUUACUCAAAGAGGCCUGUUAUAUUAAUUACGUCAUCACUGUCAGUUCCACAUUUGCAGAAGUAUAUUUCCUUCGGAAAGGUUAUAAAAAUGAAUCCACUUUUGCCGAAAAUGUUGGGUACAUGGUUGGACAUAAUGUGCCUAGCAGAUACAAAUACUUGCUAUCCUGGUUUUGGAUGUAGAAUAUUAGAUUACUUCAGAGGUGAUAUAAGAAAGACUAUAAAUUUUCUACAGUUUCACAUGACAUCGAACAAGCACCUCAACGAAAUUGAAGAAGGAGCCCAGGAUACAGAUUUCAAAGCUAACAUUGACAAUUCAAGUAUGUCUUGGGUAGAUCAAGAAUCUGAGGAUGUCACUAAAGAGGUUGAUGACAAUGAAAUUAAGAAGAUAGCCGAUAAGCAAAUGCUUUUAUUAAAUUCACACAAUUUUGACCUGUUUAAUGUCUGGUGGAGUUUAUCUAAUCAAUUCACAUCCGAAAAUCAAAAGGAAAACAAAGACAUAAACAGUGGUAUGAGUCUUGACGAUGCUAGCUAUAUUUUAGACAGUAUAUCAUUUGUUGAUUCAAUAGAUAUAAAUACAUAUAGUAAGGCCAACCUCACUUCUAAGCCUUGGGAGUCAUUUCAAUGUCCUAGUGUUAUGGAGAGAGAGAAUAUGGACUCUUAUGGUGGCAUGUAUGAAGUAAACAGAAACAUAUCUAGAGAAAUUAUUGAAAGAUUCACAUCCUUAGUAGAAAAUUGGAACAGAACCCUAAUAAGUUCGCCAAGUAUGUCUACACAAAGAAAACGAAACAAGAUCGUUAGUCAACACAACACUCUCAGCAGGUACCUAAGUCCGUCCUCUACACUAGAUAGACGAGCCUUAUCAUUAGACUAUUGGUCGUCAUGCAGAACAAUUUGCAGAUUGGAAAAGAAGAAGACUGAUAGCAAUUUGAAAAGGAACAACAGAUUUUGUCACUACUUAAGAUCUCUGAAUAUUUUAUGCAAAAAUGAUAAUUUCGAUGAUCUAUGUGAAGGUCUAAACUAAAGAAAGUGUAAAGAUAAAAUUGUAAUGAUCAACCAGGAAUUUAACAAGUUACAAGGAUAAUGAAUAAUGAUAGUAAAAGGAAACUUUCGAUUUAUCUCAAAUUAACUGGUAUGGUUACUGGUGUGGUUUCCAACUGGGAUUUCUUAUUUAAGUAAUAUAUUUGCUUUCUAAGAAUCCAGUUAAUUCUAGUGUAUUUUGCGAUGGAUGGAAACGAUCAAUUCUAAAUAGGAAGCCCUUACAUAUUAGAUUGUCCAAUAUGUUUGGGGGACAGUUACAAAGCAGAACUUUUCAACCUUACAAUUAAAAUGCAGGUGGACUUUGAAGCUUUCACAGUAUGAAUUUUAAAUGAAUUAUGACUUAAUGUAUGUAUUAUGUAGGUAGUAAAGCCCUAUUAUUAUUUAAAAUAGCAUAG